UGUCCCAGGCACCUCGGAUCCACUCAGGUCCCCCGGGACUGGCUUCUGCGGGUACCAUGACGGUGCCUGUGUUCUUCGGUUGCGCCUUCAUCGCCUUCGGGCCCGCGUUCGCUCUCUACCUCUUCACUAUCGCCACCGACCCUUUGCGCGUCAUUUUCCUCAUCGCCGGUGCUUUCUUCUGGUUGGUGUCUCUCCUGCUUUCGUCCAUGUUUUGGUUCCUAGGGAGAGUCAUUACUGACAACAGAGAUGAAUCAGUACAGAAUUACCUGCUCAUCUUGGGAGCGUUGCUCUCUGUCUGUGUCCAAGAGCUGUUCAGGCUUGCAUAUUAUAAGCUGUUAAAAAAAGCCAGUGAGGGUUUGAAAAGCAUAAACCCGGAGGAGGACAUAGCACCCUCAAUGCGACUGUUGGCCUAUGUUUCUGGCUUGGGCUUUGGAAUCAUGAGUGGAGUGUUUUCCUUUGUGAACACCCUGUCUAACUCCUUGGGGCCAGGCACGGUGGGCAUUCAUGGUGAUUCUCCUCAGUUCUUCCUUAAUUCAGAAUUCAAAUGA